CUCGGUCUCGAUCUCAUCUCCUCCAGCAAGCUCAACGCCGCCACCGACUCCUCCUUCACCUCCAACUUCGACAACGACGAAGACGACUUCGAGUCCUACAUCGAUGGCGAGUUCGACCAACACUCUCAUCUUAAUUCCAUGACCGACGACAUCGCCGAUGACUCCGCUGCCAUUCUCAGCGACGCUUUAUCCGUCACUCACCUCAAGAAGAAGCUGAAGAAGCUUGAGAAUGGCAAUGGCAACUCAACAAUCCCCAAAGGCCAAUGGGAGAGGAGACUUCAAACUGACAUCCUAAUGGCAAAGCAAGCUCUUUGUGAUGCUUUAUCCGUUGAAAGGAAGCCUGAAGCUUUAACCAAACCCGUUCAUGUUAAGAACUCAGCAGAAGCCUCAUCAUCAUCAGCAACAUCCACAACGACAACCACCUAUGCGUCGAGCACCGAGAACAUUUCCAGAUUGCUUGAGAAUUGGAUGAAGGCUAGUCCAUCGGCAAAGAUCAACAAUGGUGCAAAAAGUGCCAAGCACUUCCUCAUCGACGACGCCCACCCGGUCCACAUCUACUGGGACCUCAAGAACGCCAAGUUCUCUGACAACCCCGAGCCCCUCUCCGCCACGUCUUCCUAUAUUUAUUUGCUUUCGUGCUAG